AUGACAAAGCGUUCAUGGUCUGAUCUUCGCAUUGAACUCUUAUGCCUAGUGGCUCAACGUCUCUCCUUUUUCGACCUGGUUCGCUUCGGUGUGGUAUGUAAGAGUUGGCGGCAAGCUGAUCUAGAUGGGGUUCUCGGUCGACCUGUAAAUGAUAUGCCAUGGUGCAUGAACUAUGCUUGGUUUAAGCAUGAAGGAAAAAUCAUAAGCAUACUGGAGCUCUCUGAUUUAGUGGCAAAACAAACCUACUCCGUCGGACAAAUCAUAAGAGAAGAAGCGAGAGAAUUGUUCGUUGGUGCGAAAGUUUGUGCUUCGAAAAAGGGUUGGUUGCUUCACUCUAAGAAAAGUACAGAGCAUUCAUGUAUCUUCUUUUUCUAUAGUCCUUUCUGUAAUAAGAUUAUAGAACUGCCACCAUUGGAGUUGAAAUGUGGGAUCUAUGAACAUGCUGCCACAUUCACGAAGGUUCCAACUUCUCCUGAUGGUUGUCAUGUUUAUGUCGUAUUUGGAUGCGAUGACAGCAUAAGAUCAUGCAACCUCAGGAAUCGAACAUGGAGUACUAUCUCCAUACCUAAUAAUCUCUGA